AGUUGUCGAUCUUUAUAGCUUUGAGAGCUUAGCAUUAGUUAAAAAAUUCAAACAAGAUUUGGCGAGACUUAUAUACAAAAUUCAAUAUGCCAUAGAGGGAAAACUCAAAGAAGGUGAAUACUCGAAAUUAUGGAACAAGAUACUUCAGAAAAUUAUUGACUAUAUGAAUAAUAAUAAAACUCGAUUAAUAGACAUGUUACCAUCAUAUGCAAUGUCAUUGGGAGAAGUAAUACCUAAAGUAUCUACUAAACCUAAAAGACCUAUUGGAAAGGAUGAAUCACUAUUACAGAAGAGGCUCAUACCAGUCUUAUACUAUCUUGAGGAUGAGCCAAUUGAUUCAACUAAACAUUUAAUAGGUCGUAAUCCCAAAAGACCUUUUAAGAGAGAGGAGCUCCAA